CACAUUCCUUUCUCUCUUUUUUUUUUUUUAUAUUCUCCAUAGAUAGGAUAAUAAUAUCAUAUCUCUCUUCCUUCUUCUUCUUGCCCCGAGAAACAAAAACUAAGUUUCUAUAAUCUCUCCCCGAUCCGAUCUCGACCGUCUCUCUUUUUCUCAAGCAGAUCUUUCCUUCUUGAUUUCUCACCGACCCAUAUCUUGUUUACGCUGUUCAUGAUCUUCUCUUGUAACACAAAAGUUGGAAUCAAUGGAGUCAUGCAGUGUUCCUCCUGGAUUCAGGUUCCAUCCUACGGACGAAGAGCUAGUGGGAUACUAUCUAAGGAAAAAAGUCGCAUCGCAAAAGAUCGACCUUGACGUUAUCAGAGACAUCGAUCUCUACAGAAUCGAACCAUGGGAUCUACAAGAGAGAUGCAGGAUUGGGUACGAGGAACAAAACGAAUGGUACUUCUUCAGCCACAAGGACAAGAAGUAUCCGACGGGGACGAGGACUAACAGAGCUACGAUGGCUGGAUUCUGGAAAGCCACCGGUCGAGACAAGACUGUUUACGACAAAACUAAACUCAUCGGAAUGAGGAAAACCCUCGUGUUCUACAGAGGACGAGCCCCAAACGGCCAGAAGACCGAUUGGAUCAUGCAUGAGUAUCGGCUCCCGCCCGCCGAGAACGCACCCCCUCAGGAAGAAGGGUGGGUGGUCUGCAGAGCAUUCAAGAAGAAGGCAAAUGGGCAAGCCAAGAACAUGGAAACUUGGGGCACAAGUUACUUCUACGGCGAUGUAACAAGCGGAGGGAUGGAUCCAAUUCACCACAUAUGCAUAUCCAAUCGGCAACAAAAUCUUUUAGGACAGAGUUUCAUGUGCAAGCAAGAACUAGAAAGAUCGGCCGACGGUCCAAACUUCACGAUCAAGAACGACCAGUUCAUCGAGCUCCCUCAGCUUCAGAGCCCUUCACCCCCUCUGGUGAAAAGGCCGGCGAGCUCAAUGUCUGUAACAUCAGACCAUAGUAGCUACAAAAGCCGAGAAGACAUGGACGGCAGCUUCAACGCUCUAAUUAACGAUAAGAACAAGAGGAAGAAGGAGGAGGAGCAAGUGACUGCUGAUUGGAGAACACUUGAUAAAUUUGUUGCAUCUCAGCUCAUGAGCCAAGAAUCAGACGGAAUCUCGGGAUUUGGAGUUCAGAAUCGAGGAAACGAUAUCGAAAGCAACAGCGAUCAUAUUGACAAAAAUGAGAUGGGGACGAUGGCUACGUCUUUAAUGGAGAGCGAGAGAGAUGAAGAGAACAUGUUCAUCAAUGGGUUACUGAGUUCUAGCUCCGACUGCGAGAUUGGGAUUUGCGUGUUCGAUUAAUUAAUAUUACUCUUGCAGUUUGGGGAAGGAGCUGAAGCGACGAAGCGACGAUUGUUGGUGGUACGUCGCUGCUUAUUACGAUAUUCAUAUUAUAACUACACAAUAUAUAUACAUAUAUGUACUAGCUAGCUUUUCAUACAUAUAAAUCGAUCGAUCGAUGAUAAUAUAAAUAAAACAUAUAUAUUUAUAUAUACUUGU